GUUCCGUGAUUGAUUUCAAAUUCCUCUGCAACUGGACGUCCAGACGCUCGGCUCCCUGCUAAGAGUGCAUAUAUAGUAUACCUCCCGUAGAAGUUCGUCCUGGACGGCCCCCUCUCUGGCCUCGCUCUGAUUGUUUGAUUGUUAUCUCGAGCUUUGGUAAAUCUGAUGGAUUCCAACUCUCUGCCCUCCCUGGAAACUAUUGUCUCGUGGUAUGGAUAUUCAGUUCUGGGUCUGGAUUUCUCAGCAAUACUUUUCGGCGUGAUUACAGUACAGACCUUCCUUUACUUCGAACGAUUCCGUGCCGAUGGAAGGUUCUUGAAGUUCAUGGUUGGCCUUUUAUGGGUUCUGCAAUCAUUUCAACUAGUCAUAUGUGCAACUACAUUCUACGCGAGCAGAAUGUACCCAUUUUCUACGUUUAUGGAGCGUUUGACAUGGGCCUUCACCUUUCCACAACUUCUCAAUCUCAUUUCCUCCGUCAUAUCGCAAGGAUUCUUCGUUUAUACCACAUAUCGUCUUAUAUCAAACAUUUCCUUAGCACUUUUUCAGCUUUUCUUAAUAUUGAACGAGACUGCUUUUGGAUUGAUCGUGUCCAAUUAUUCACUCAGUGUUAGCGGUGAAAUUUUUUCGAUGGUCUUUGGGAUCCGCGAACCCGCUGGGCUUAGCAAAUGCAUGGUACACUCGUGUGUUUGCCCUGUUGGCGUCAAUUUGUGACCUUGUUACAGCUGGCGCGCUCGCUUGGAGCGUGAACCGACGUCGGAAUGGCUCCCAAAGGGACAGUAUCCUUAAGGUUAUUAUCCUUUAUGUUGUCGGAACUGGGCUCAUAUCGGGGUGAGUGUCCGUCUUGCUACUGUGAAAUAUCUACGAUCGUCACGCUUUUAGGGCAAUU